UUCAACACUUACCCAGGGAAUUAUUUUUGUUACUCAUCUCAUACAAAGCAUAAUGAAUAUGAAAAUAAUUUUAGGACUUGUACUUGCGCUUUCCUCUUUUUGUGAAGGAGAGGAAACGAAUUGUUCCGGGUACCGCUGUGAGGAACUACUAGCAAAAGUAGAUAAACUGGAAUGUAGAUUAGAAUAUACUAGGGAGUUGUUAGAGGAUAAAGAAAAGACGAGAGUUCCUCCCGUUCCGACCCCAGCAUGUGCGCAGUGCCCAGAUACAUGGAUACAAUACAAGGGAUCUUGCUACCUUUUUGUUGCUGCAAAAAAUACUUUCAGCCGAGCCGAGUCACACUGCCUUAGCCUCGGUUCUCAUUUAAUACACAUAGAAAAUGAUCUAGAAAACGAGUUCAUAAGGAGCCAACUGACCACAUUAAAAGAGAAAGAGUACUGGAUAGGACUCACAGACGCUGGCACAGAAGGAAUAUUCAAAUGGGUUGACGACAAUUCUACAGCGUCAUUUACAGACUGGUACAGGGGAAACCCUAAUAAUGGCGGAGGAAAUGAAAAUUGUGUGCACUUUAGAGAUACCUAUAAUUACACAUGGAAUGACCAGGAAUGCGCAGUUUCCUAUAGCUCGAUCUGUGAAACGAAAACAACGACAAAACGUUCGGAAGAACAAGCUUUGAUGAUACUUCGACCACAGUUGAUACAAUAGGGUUAUUAUAACAGUAGCUCGAUCUGGGAUGCUGUAUUUGGCUCGAAUGGAUUUUGCCAGAUCGGAUCUCACUAGGCGCGCAUGCCCCGAGUGUGAUCCGUCCUUGCAAAAUCCACGAGAGCCGAAUACAAAAUCCCAGAACUAGCUACUGUUGUAAUGAACCUUUUAUUAUAUACCUCCAUCUUUUGGGGUUUUUUUUGUUGUUGUUUUUGUAAUCGAACGAAAUGUUAAAUUGUUUGUUGAUGUUAAAAUUAAAUAAGUGAUUUUUUGUGCGCUAUUUAUAUAACUGUGUCAGCUCAUGCAUAUAAAUGAAAGUAGUCCGGCAACAUACAAUACGGAAGGUACAAUACGGGAUUUUGGAAGGUACAAUACGAGAUUUUUUUCAGCCUGUUCGUAUUUUGAAACGCAAGCUGUAUUUUUUACAGAAUUUAUAUAGGUAUAUAAUAAGAAACGUUAUAUUACAUUUUACAGGAAAGACCCUACUGAUAUUGUUGUGGUGCUUUAAACAAUACAUUUAACUUAUUGUUGUUAUGUUAGGUUAAAUAAGGAAAAAAAGCGCAUUUUGAAUUUUGAUAGUCGAAAACUGGCUAGUAUUAAUGUUAAGGAAUUCGAUUGGGUUUUCCCCUUAUAUGUUGUGUUAUAGAUAUACAUGUGAUUUGACAGAUAAUUACAACUGUCAAACAUGUGUAGAUAUUUCAAACUGAUGUCAAUCUAAUAACUUUUCAGUUCCACACUUUAUACAAUCUAUUUAUUUCGAAGCUGUCAUAGAUUAAAUCUUAUAUGUUCUUCUUUACCUCAGUCCAUGUUUCUUUAGUAAUGUUCUUUUCAAUUACACUUUACGAUAACAUUGAAGGGUGAUACUGUAUGCAAUUUCUUUCUUCUUCACUAUUGUUAUUACUAAAAUAUCAAAAACAUGUUUUUAUUCGUGACAGACUGCAUAAAAUAAAUCUGAUGAAAAUGUUA